AUCCACUGCAUUGUUGUAACUACAAAAGUUACUGCUAUUGAUCAGUAAGUCAUUUAGUGAAACUCAUAUCUAGAAACAUGAACAGAUAUACAGAAUUUAAUAACGACUCUUUAAUUUUAAAAGAAUUUCAGAACUAUAGUUACUUGACAGGGAUGACUAAAAAUAACAGUAAUAUUUCGACCGAAAAUGUUUACACCAAUGCUACGCCAGUGUCAUCAGCUUCAAUGUUUUCCAUUGGUGUAGUAGGGAAUAUAUUUGCUAUAAUUGUGAUAUGGAGGUCUUCACCAAAUCACAAAUGGAAGGCCUUUUAUAGAUACGUGUUCUUGUUGGCUAUCACAGAUUUGUUAGGAAUUUUACUGACUUCCCCGAUCACACUGUAUACUUAUGUUAACAACAGACAGUGGAUAGGAGGACAACCACUCUGUGACUUCUAUGGUUUCCAGAUGGCAUUUUCAGGAGUGGCAACCGUCCUUAUUGCGGGUGCCAUGUCGGUUGACCGCCUGAUGGCCGUUUACUUUCCAUAUUUUUACACAAAGGAAAUUAAAAACAUUCCAAGACGAAUUAAUUACAUUUUGGUAUUCAUUUGUCUAUUUUCAGUUCUUGUUGGAGUUUCUCCUAUUAUAGGAUUCGGACACAAUCACGUGCAGUUUCCAGGAACAUGGUGUUUUUUCGAAAUCCAUUCUGAAGAAAUAGGUGACAAAGCUUUCUGUAUUCUGUAUGCCUCCACUAUAUUAUUAGUCAUACUGAUUAUGGCCGUUUGUAAUACACUGGUCAUAGCUUUUCUUAAAAACGAAUCUUUAGAAUGUUCAUAUGCUAACGGACGUAAAACUAGUGUAUCUAGUGUAAAAAGUAGCAGAAAGAAAAACGAUUUAUACAUCAUAAUAUUUCUAGUGGCUAUAUUCGUUGUCUUCAGUGCUUGUUGGACCCCUUUCAUGGUGUAUAUCUACGUAACACAGAGUGGAGUGAAGUGGAAUGGAAAGAUAGAACUAAUAAUAAUCAGGAUCGUUUCUCUGAACCAAAUAAUAGAUCCAUGGGUAUAUAUUCUGUUACGAAAGGAAAACUUAAUGAAAUUUCAAAAGUUUUGUAUCAGCACUAAAGACAGACACUGCAAAUGUAACACUUUACACUUUAUCAAAGCUCCUUGUCUACAUACAAGUUUAGAGUCUCAUUCCAUGUCCCAAUCUGGAUUGUAGCAUUUUCACAUGUUACUUACCUGUAUACUUGGGAACCAGAAAAUCUCUCAUUCCAAGCUGGACAUACACAUGUUUUGACACCAUCAUAGUGUCUGGAUUGCACCCGAUUAGGCGUUGAUAUGUGAUACUGGUAUCCAUGUACCGAAUUGCCAAUGAAUAUAUUGGAAUGGUAUUACAGUUAUCUAAAUUAUUAACACACGAAUUCAAAUUGUUAGUGCAAUGUGGACAAUUACCUUAUAAAUCUUGUGUCAUGAUUGAACAUAACCAGAUAUGAAUGACUAUUUAGUAUAUAAGAAAGGAACAAUGAAGGAAAACAACAAGUUAGGAGGAAUAAAGUUGUUUCUGCAGUGCUAUAAAUCAAAUAGAUAAAAAAUACUCAAAUAACCACACUUAACAUAAAGAUAUAUUUCUGACUGAAUGAACUUUCCAUUUCAAUUUGACAUUUGACUAAUUCAAUUAAUUAUUGAGAAUGCAGCAAUCCAUAUUUUAGAUAAUUUAGGAUGCUGUGAUGAGGUUUUAUUACAUUAUCGUCAGUAAAGUGGUUAACAUAUGCUUUCUAAAUAGUUAAAUAAUUAAAACAGUGUGUAUAAUACUCCUCAUUGCGUAAUCUCUUGCAGAUUCACAAUGCUAAAUUGAGAAAGGUAAUUCUUCUUUCUGACU